AUGCUGCACGCCUCGCCACGUCAUGCUAGUUCCCCUCGUGCAUUUUCUCAUCAAGAACUUUCAGGACUAGCCUGCAGGGGCAGAAGCUCAAGCAAGUCGAAUGCGAUAAGGUCUAGAGCACCUUCGUCUCGUUCUUCCGGAUACCGUGUUGCUGACGUGUCUCGCUGUCGGUCUAAUCGCGUGGUUACACGUGCUGCAGCGUCCUCAUCUUCUUCCUCGUCCUCCGUGUCCGCCGCUGAUGUUUCCGCUCCGAUUUCUCUCACAUACCUUGAAGGCAACAGCUGGCUGUGGUCGGUGGACGGUGUGAAAGUACUCGUCGACCCAAUCAUCGAGGGUCCUCUGGAUUUUGGUAUCCCGUGGCUCUACACCGGGUACAAGAAAUUGCUGAAGACGCUAUCGCUGGAUGACGUCAUCGAUGCUGACGUGGUGCUUAUAACCCAAUCCCUAGACGACCACAUGCACGCGAGGACGCUCAAGGCACUGGCAGCCAGACGACCAGACGUCCCUGUAAUCGCCACUCCCAACGGACAGGCGUUUCUGGACUCCCUCUUCUCCAAUGUGACAUACAUAGAGCCCGGUUCCUCCACCUCCUUCACUUCCUCCAAAGGAGGCCGGCUCUCAGUCAAGGCUGUGCCUGGGCCUGUGCUGGGUCCACCCUGGCAGCGACCAGAAAACGGGUACAUUGUUCGAGGGGAGGCAUCAGGUGCCUCUAUUUAUAUUGAGCCGCAUUGUGUGUUUAACGAGGCAGCCCUUAAGGAGGGCGGGGAGCGAGUGGAUGUGCUGGUGACACCGGUGGUGAAACAGGAGUUACCUGGUUACACCCUCGUGUCAGGGCAGGAGGAUGCUGUGAGGCUGGCUAAGGUAGUGGGUGCCAGAUAUGUGGCCCCUAUGGCUAAUGCUGACGUGGAUGCGUCAGGGAUAUUGAGUGCUCUUGUAACUCCUAACGGCACACUCAGUUCAUUCAAGCUACACUCGGUGCGCCGCUUAUACGAGAACAUUGUGCCGUCCCAUACGGUGUACGACGUGGAGUCACCGGAGCACGUGAUUCACCGCUUCAGCCACGAUGGGCAGUUCCUCAUCUGCUUCUCCCGCAACGGCUUUGAGCUCAUUGUCUACCGCUUUCACUGGUUCAACUACGGGGCGCAGGGGGCAGCGGGAGUCGCAGAGGCAGAGGAGGACGACCACCUCCCUCCAGCGGCCAGGAAGUUCCCGAGCUACUUUGAGCAGCUGUACUGCGCGCCACUGGGGAGGGGCAGCGAGGUGCUGUGCAAGGACCUCUUCCUCUGCUGCCAGGGGAGUGCCCUGGGCGUGUUUGCCUCGGCCACUCCUGCGGAUCUGGCUUCGCCGCCUAGGGUGGGCGCUGUGAAGGGCGUGCCUGCAAUGGAGAGCAUCACUCUGCACCUUGUGAGACUGUGUGACGGCAAGGUGGUGGACAGGCGUGUGUUUCGAGACGACUACAUCAACCUCACCCACAACGGAGGGGCGUUUCUGUACGACGACCUGCUCUCCGUGCUCAGCAUUCGCUUCCAGAGAAUACACUUGUUCCAGAUAGUGGAGGCAGCAGAGCGGUUUGUAGACGUGCAAGUUAUCGGGCCUUUUGGAUGUGACGAUGAUGAGCUGCUGCUGCAGUCGCAUUUCCACGAGGAGUGGCGCUUCCAGCGGCAUUUGGCUGAGCUGAGGAGGAGGCAGGCGAUGGGAGGGCGGGGAGGGGGUGGUGAGGGGAGUGCGGGUGUGGGUGGGGAGGAGGGGAUAAGUGAGGGGGGUGUGGGGGGGUAUACGGAAGAGGAUGAGGAGGGGGAUGAGGAGGGGGAGGAAGGGGACGGGAGGGGGGAGGGAGAUGGAAGGGGAGGGCGGGAGGGGGGAGAUGGAGAGGAAAGGGGAGGGAGAUUGGGAGGAGCGAGGGGAGGAGGUGAAAGAGGGGAGGGAGAGAGGGUGGGUGAUGCAGAGAGGAAAGGCAGGAGUACGGUUUUAGAGGGAAGGGCUGAUGAUGGUAGAACGAGGGGAGAGGAGGGGAGAGAGGCGGAUGAGAGGGGGCAGGGUGUGGGGAGUAGGGGUGAGGGGGUCGAGAGGGGGACGGGACAGGAAAGGAAGCGGAAAGAGACGCAAGGGUUGGGAGGAGGGUAUUUGGAUGGGAGGCAGAACGAGCAGGGGUCGAAAAGGCUGAGAUUGAGAUUGGAAAGUGUGAGGGAGGAGGGUGUGGAGGGGCAUGGGAGAGAUGAAGCAGGGGAGGCUGGAGAGGGGGUGAGAGGUGGGGAUGGGGGAGAGGAGGGAGGAGAGGGAGGAGAGAGAAGCGAAAGAGUGGUGGAAAAGGCUGAAUGUGUAAGAGAGGGAGCGGAUGAGGAAGGAAGAGGUGGGGAAAGAGGAGAAGGGGCCACUGUAGGUGACCAGGGGGUAAGGGAAGUGAAAGGAGGAAGCGGAGGAGGAGGUGGGGCAGGGGAAGAGGAAACGGCAAGAGGGGGUCUCCCGUUUUUCUUUGGAGCGAUGGGAGCAGCAGCGGGGGGGAGGGGCGUGGGGGGAAGCACUGGGGAAGGGGGAGAGAGGGGGUUGAGUGGGAGGACGGUUGGGUCUAGGAGUCAGGGAGAGGGGAGGGAGAGAGGGAUAGGGGGAGGGGGAUCUGAGAGGGAGAGAGGGGGCAGAGAGAGGGGCAGCAGGAGGCGGCGCAGCAGACAGACGGGGGAGGGCGGCGGCGGGUCGGGAACGGGCGGCAGCGGGGUGGCGAGGUAUGUUGUUAGUGACAGGGGGAAUACGGAGGCGAUUACGAGGCAGCAGUUGGGGGGAGGAACAGGGGGGAGGGGGAGUGAGAGCGUGGGGGCAGCAGCAGGGGCAGGGGCUCCAGCAGGAGGGGCAGGGGAAGAAGGAGCAGGGAGAGAGAUGGGGGGAGGAGUGGGAGCAGCGGAACUGGCGGGGGAAGGAGGAGAUGGGGAUAGAUUGGGAAGGGAUGGUGGGGAUGGACAGAGCAGCUUGGGACCUGGCCAUGAGCAUGGGUAUAGGGAUGGGGAGGGUAGACAAGCAGAUGGCGCUAGUGCUGGUGGUGCUGGUGGUAGUGGUGUUGCUGGUGGUGGUGGUGCUGCUGGUGGUGCUGGGAGAUUAGAUGGUACUGCAGGAGCAGGAGCAGGAGCAGCAGGGGCGGGAGGAGUGAGAGGAGUGGGAGGAGGGCGAGGAGGGGGAAGAGGGGCAGGAGGGAGAGGAAUGGGAGGAGUGGGAGGAACGGGUGGAGGGGGGAGAGCAGGGGCGGCAGGGGGAGGUGGAUUCGGGGGUGCUCUAGCCGGGUCAGAGAGGGAAGGAGGGCGUGGGGAGUCGAGUGGGUGGGGUGACGGGGGGUGGAUGUUGAGGGGGGAAGGGGAGGAGGUGGGAAUGAGAGCUAUGGGCAAUUUAGGGGUGGGGGGGGGGAUGGUGAAUGCGGGGGGGCUGUUAACAGGGGGCGGGUUGCUGAGUGUGCUGAUGCAGCGGCUGCUGGUGCAUGUGUUUGAGUGCCACCUGGGGGAUGCAGUGGGGUCGAGUGUGGUGGGGUCUGGUGCGGUGGGGUCUGGGGAGCAUCAGCAGCAUGAGCGGUUUCAGGGGCUCCUGGGGAGGGUGGAUGGCAGCAGGGGGGACGGAGGAGGGGGAGCAGGCAACCAGCGUGUGAAGCGAUUCUUGUACCACUUUCAACACUACGCAGAUCUUAUUAUCUGGAAGGCUCAGCUGUUGGAUCGCUGCCAUCUGCUUAUCCGCCUGGGCAGCACGGAAGGGGUGGUGCUGCGAGCAUCUGACAGCUCCCACCAGAACUCCUUCUUCACUGUCUACAACUUUGUCACCACCCGAGUGCUCUGCUUCUAUCAGAACUCCUCGGAGGAUUUUCUCUCCGCGUUUGAGCAUUUCUGCGACCACUUUCGAGCGCCGCCGCGGUCCCCGGCGGGGUUUUCGUUCAUCAGCAGCUGCGCCAACAACGUGUUUGCCCGAGAGGCGUUCAAGAAGCAGAAGGCGGCUCUUGUGACGUGCAAGGGAGGGUCACAGACACAGGCAAUCAAGCGGAUGCUGGCUGCGCUGCCCUACAGUGCACAGACCUACUCUCCUUCACCCUACUUUGACCAGUCGCUCUUCCACUUUGAUGAAAAGCUCAUAUCCGCGUCGGACCGGCACAAGCCCUGUGUGGAGCACCCAAUCAAGUUUAUCCUUCGGCGCCGCCCGAACGUCCUCAAGUUCAAAAUCAACCCAG